UCUUCUUGUAUUGUCUUGUGCUGGUUUUGUGUCUGUCACAGAAGAAAAGCCAGUCCUCCUAUAGUGAAUGGAUUGUCAUUGACUUUCUACGGAUCAAACUGCCCCCACCUCGGAUCAUCAUCACAAAGGAGCUUCAAAACGGUAUAGGGCCAAGCUGCUGGCUUGCUUCGCCUUCAUUUCCACGAUGGCCUUGUUCAGGGUUGCGAUGGAUCCAUACUAUAUUAGAUGAAACAGCGAGCGAUCCAAGUGAGAAGGAUGCUCCCCCAUAUCAGAGCUUGAGGGCUUAAGCCUUCAAGAUCAUCGAAGACCGCUGAUACACACACAUAUGCUUUAUCCCAAUUAUACGCCAGGAGGACCAAAGUACGACAUUCCCUUCGGACAACGAGAUGGUCUGACCUUUGCCUCCAGAAGUGUCACCUUUGAUAACUUUCCGCCACCCACCAGCAGCACCGAUGCCAUCCUCUCUUCUCUCGCCACCGAGAACCUCAGCCCCACAGACGUCAUCGCCCUCUCCGGCGGCCACGCCAUCGGCAUCAGCCAUUGCACCUCCUUCGCCGACCGUCUCUACCCUGCUCAGGACCCUGCAAUGGACAAGACCUUCGCCGGAAGCCUCAAGCGCACGUGCCGCAUCUUGACCACCGACAACACCACCGUGCUCGACAUCAGAAGCCCGAACCUGUUCGACAACAAGAACUACGUCGACCUGAUGAACCGGCAGGGACUGUUUAACUCGGAUCAGGAUCUGUACACAAAUAAGAGGAAGAAGGGCAUCGUGACGAGCUUCGCGGUGGACCAGAACCUGUUCCUAAAGAGGUUCGUGGAGGCUAUGCUGAAGAUGGGUCAGCUCAGUGUGCUUACUGGUACACAAGGGGAGGUUCGGGCUAAGUGCUCUGUGACGAACAAGGAUAAUGCGUCACUCUUGGCCUCCGUGGCUGAGGGUGUUGUGGAAGCUGAUUGGUUGAAUAUGUAAGAGAGAGCAUGUGGUGUGAGGAAAUUAAUGAUUUGUUGUUGUUGUAUCAAUGCU